AUGGCUGUCAACUUGAGCGAAUCUGGGGUGCAGACCGCAUCACCCGUGACCGUAAGCCUUCGCGAUUUGCAGUCAGAUGCUUUCGGUCCUGACUCUCUGGGCAUCAUUGUCGUUCGUGACCUGCCAUCUGACUUUGUUACUAUGAGAAAGGCCCUGCUGUCGUAUUCCUCGUAUCUGGCCAAUCUGCCUCAGGCCGAGCUUGAAAAGCUCGAGGACCCUCAGAGUAGUUAUCUAGUAGGCUGGAGUUGUGGUAAAGAAACUCUCAAGGACGGCAGAUUCGACACACUCAAGGGUUCCUACUACGCCAACCCUGUCCAAAACUCUGAGCUACACCAAAAAGCUAUCGACAAGUUUCCCAAUCUUCCAGAAUACACUGCAGCAAACAUCUGGCCAAGCAAUGAUGUUCUCCCGGGCUUCGAGCAGGCAUUCCAAUCACUGUGCACCUUCAUCGUCGACACUGCCGCACUCGUUGCCCAGGCCUGUGACCGCUAUGCACUCAAGAAUGUGCCCCAGUACCAGGAAGGAUAUCUUGAACAUGUUGUCAAGACGAGUAUCUCUACCAAGGCCCGCUUGCUCCACUACUAUGCACCAACCAUCAACCAAGGCGAAGGAGAGAGCUCACCUGACGAUUGGUGUGCGACGCAUCUGGACCACGGUUGUUUGACAGGCUUGACCUCGGCCAUGUUCAUUGAUGAAGCAGCCAACCCUCCUCGUAUUGAUUCUGCACAAGUCUCGCCGUUGCCCGAACUGUCCUCACCUCCAGAUCCGGCAGCUGGGCUAUACAUUCAUUCCCGUUCUGGCAAGGUGACCAAGGUCAACAUCCCAAAGGAUUGUCUUGCUUUUCAGACCGGUGAAGCUCUCGAGGUCAUUACCAAGGGCAAGUUCAGGGCAGUGCCCCACUUUGUCAAGGGCGCUGCACCUGGCAAAGGUGGUCAGGUUGCCAGAAACACACUGGCUGUUUUCACUCAGCCCAAUCUUUGGGAAAUGGUUGACGAGAAGCGUGAUUUUGCUACAUUUGCCAAGGAGAUUGUUGAGCGUAAUCACUAA